CGAUGGCGUUCCGCGCUCCGAAGUGGGCUUCGUCUCCAGUGUGUCGCAAUCGCCAGGCCGCGCUACAAGUAGAGAAAGGGGGCGAAAGUAUCGAGCAGAUCUCUAUCGGAACGCGCUCAUGUUACGUAUUAGGACGCAGCGAGGAGCUAAGCGACGUAUGGCUGCAACAUCCGUCCAUCUCCCGACGACACGCGGUCAUCGCACACGACAGCAUGGAGCGCGUAUGCCUCAUGGACUUGGGAUCGGCACAAGGAACGUUCGUCAAUGGCCAGGAGAUUGAACCAAACGAGCCACAAACGCUCAAGAGCGGAGACCGUAUUAAGUUCGGGGCCAGUACAAGAACCUAUGUGUUUCAGAACCCGGAAACCAAAGGCUCAGGAGCAGCAAGCCAAGACCCCGAGCUGCAGCGGAUGAUGCGCGAGAUGCAGAGCUUUGGAGACAAACAAAAGAGCGAGAAGCCGUCGACAGGUGAUGAAGAAAGGAAGAAGAGACAAGCUGAGAUCGCAGCGAUGACCGCACAGAUGAUGCAGACGGCCCCUGAAGUCUCUGAUAAUACCGUCGACAAGGAGGACGAGAGCCACGACAGUGACGACAACGCUCCUGAAUCGGAUUCUGAGAGCGAAGAAGAAGACAACGACAAUGUCGCUCUACGCUAUGGCUUGCCCAAGUCUCACGAAGUAGGUCUCGAGAGCCACACUAAGGGACUGGCGUGUAUUGCAGUAGACACGCCUGGUGCUCGCGUGGCCACUGGAUCGAUGGACUACCACGUCAAGUUGUGGGAUUUCGCUGGUAUGGCGCGUCACGUCCGUCCGUUCCGGGACAUCGAGGUGGAAGACGGCCACCCGCUUGUGGCCGUGAGCUACAGUCCUUCAGGCGACCGACUGCUUACAGUAACAGGAUCGUCUCAGCCCAAGAUACUCACACGUGAAGGUGUGGAGGAGCUUCAGUUCGCCAAGGGUGACAUGUACGUCGUGGACAUGGCGAACACCAACGGCCAUACACACUCAACUACUGGCGGUCAAUGGCAUCCGAAGCUGCGUGAUCAAAUGAUUACGAGCUCAUUGGACGGCACCGUGCGUCUCUGGAGUCUUGGAGGCAAACAGACAUUCAACAAGCUCAUCAACACCUCCGUGUUCAAGUUCAAGGACCGUCGUGGUCGACGUUGUGGAGUGACAGCUUGUAGAUUCAACCCUGAUGGUUCGCUGAUUGCCGGAGCCACUAUGGACGGCCAAGUGCAGUGUAUCGACCCACGUAAGGCUUAUGCUGGAGCUGCAAUUACUAUCAAGGAUGCACAUGCGGACGGUGGAGGCGACGUGGGUGUUUCUUCACUUCGGUUUUCACCCGAUGGGAAGUACUUGGCGUCACGAUCCUGCGCUGAUGACACGAUCAAGAUCUGGGACGUACGGAAGCCUAAGCAGAGCGUAAAAGAGUUCCGUGGGAUCGAAGGCGUCUUCGGAACGUGUAACUUGGCCUUCAACCACAACGGCACUGCGAUCGCUACCGGUACGUGUGUUCGGAAGGGCAAAGGACUUCGUGGGCAGGUUCUGUUCCUGGAUGUCCAUACUCCUGGUCUGGUGGAGCCUAUCGCUAGUAUUGACAUGAAGGAAGACGAGAGUGCAGUGUGUGUGGAAUGGCACCAUGGCAUUAACCAGAUUUUCGUUGGAAGCUCGACAGGAACGUGCCGUGUCUUCUACGACCCGAGACAGAGCACUAAGGGCGUUCUGUUGAGUGCCACCAAGAAGCUGAAGGUACAGAGUAAUGACUCCGGUGUGCGUAUUGAUGGCGAAGGGAAAGUGUACAACCCUCACGCGUUGCCCAUGUACCGUGACGAGACGUCUGGAUCUCGUAAGCGCAAGUACGAGAAGGUGCGUGCUGAUCCGAAGAAGUCUCGUGCGCCUGAGAAGCCUAUUACAGGUCCAGGAAUGGGCGGCAAGAUCAGUGGCAGCACGACGUUCACGCAGUACUUCAUGAGCAACCAUAUCAAGUCUUCAUUCCGAGAAGAAGACCCACGCGAGGCUAUUCUCAAGUACGCCAAGAAGGCGGAGUCGGACCCGCAGUUCUUGGGAGCUGCAUACAAGAAAGAGAAGCUGGACCCGCGCUACCAGUUGGCCAAGCAAACACUAGAGGAAGAAAAGCUUGCAAAAGAGGAAGAAGACCGUCGACUAUUGCAGCCGUAGACAGGUCUGAGGACGGAAACUGUUGCCUGAAAGCUGGAUGGGACUCGUAAGUUCACAAGAAAUGGCAAAUAUGACGAUGUAUUUUCCAG